AUGGCUCAAACUGAAACCGGACCGCUUGAGGCCAGUCCCUGUGCUCCUCAGAGUCCCAGCAGGAGGCCAAUCCCUGUGCUCCUCAGAGUCCCAGCAGGAGGCCAGUCCCUGUGCUCCUCAGAGUCCCAGCAGGAGGCCUGUCCCUGUGCUCCUCAGUCCCAGCCCAGAGGAAUGAUUUACGCAUAUAUUAUUACUGUUAUUGUGGACCCACCACUUGCAGAGGAUCAGCGAGGGACUGGAGCUAUGAGCAUUGGGUGGCAGCUCUGA